CGGACAUUUAUUUCGAAGUCGACAUCUGAUCAGAGUUGACAAAAAAUGACGUCUGAUAAGUGAAAAUCUAACCUCAUUAAUUUUAUAUAUUUACAUUGUGUAUUUACAACAAUAUAGUACUUCCUGCAACGGCUAUCAUGGACGACGAUGCAGCUGCUCUACAAAAUCUGGAGCAAUUGAUGACAGAAUUUUUCUCCCCGGAGACAACUAACGAACGGAAACGUACAAUUGAACGCAGUUUUCAAGAAUUUACAGCACAGAUUGACUCCUGGAAGCCGUGUCUGCAUUUCUUAUCUUCUACAAGCAAUCAUUAUGUCAGUAUGUUCGCUCUGUCCACCUUGGAGACAACUAUCGGAAGGAGAUGGCCCAUUCUUCCAUGGGAAGACAGAGCCCUUACAAGAUCCACUUUGUAUACAUUAUCACUGGAAAGAAGUGUAGCACCUUUUGUAAGAAAUAAAGUUGUGAAGUUAGUAGUAGAUAUAGCUAGACAUGACUGGCCACAUUUCUAUCCAGAUUUUUACGCCAAUAUCUUACAGUUACUAGGUCACAAACACACAAGAUUGCUUGGGCUUGUAUAUCUGAGAACAGCUUCAGAGGAGCUAGCUACACCGAGAGAGGAUUUGCCAAUGCAUAGAAAGACAGAGCUGUUCAAACUAUUAAGCUCUCAUGUACCUCUAACCUUGGAUACACUUACAGUACUUCUGAAAGAGACUACAAAAUUACAAAGUCGUUCCGGUACUGUUACACCCCCUCCGUCACCUACCAGUGGACAAUCUCUUGCACCUAUACGUGCAGUACUUGAUGUUGAGGGAUUAGCAACAGGCACCAGUGAAGUUUGCAUAGCAACUCUUGAAGUUUUGGCACAUCUAUUCAGUUGGAUUGAUUUGUCAGGCAGUAUUUCAGCCAAUUUAUUGGAUGCUAUUUUUUCAUGUGCCAAGUAUCAUGAUGCAAUGAAUGGCAAGCAGAUAGAAAUGGCUGUACAAGCUUUAACUACGAUUAAUGAACUGCUAUAUAGACCACUCUGUUUACCCAAUGCAGCCGACACGUUAUUAUUGGAAAUAUUUCAGCAUGGUGUUAAUUUAUUUCAGUUAAUGGAACGUCUCGAUUCAAUAGAUGAAAGCUAUAUGGAAAAAAUGACAGAGUUUUUACAACUGUUCAUAACAAAUCACCUGAAAAGAAUGGAAUCGAGUUCGAAGUUUCCAAUAAAUACAUUGUUAGAAGUGUUGUGUCACCAUACGUUUCAGCAAGCUUCCACUGUGAACGGUUAUCUGCGAUGUUUAGACAUAUGGACCACACUUUUGGAGAGCACUCAGUCACGAUAUUCCGCUGUAGCAUUAGCUCUCGCCGAACGUGUGUUGCAGAAAAUGAGCUUUAAGCUCAAUGCUCGAAUAUUGAGGGAUCUCGAUACGGAGAGUUUGGAUGAGAACGAAGAAACAGAAUGGCAGCAUUUUCUACGAUGUAAUGUAGAGUGUUUGGCGAAAAUUGCUGACAUCUCACCUAUUCCAGUAUUUACAUUAUUGUAUCGUUCGUGGAGGGAGGAAUUAAUUAUAUUUGGGGAAUUAGGUGCCGCUUUGGCGAAUAAUCAAGUUAUUUUAUUAAACGAUGCGGAGGCGUCAAAUGUACAUACACAUCUGAGAGAUCUCGCAUCGACUACACAAGCUUUAGCCAGAUUAUAUUCUCUUUUCAUUGGCGAUCAAACAAUCAUCGAUCAAAGCUUGGCCGAAGAAGUUGUAUUACAGACUCUCGAUGCUUGUUUGUUCGCGAGGGAUAAUCAGUUGUAUAAAGCCGCGCUUCAGCCAGCUGCUAUCGUAAUAGAUAUUAUAGAAGUACAUUCACAGCUUUUGGCUUCUCUUCAAGCCUGGUGUCAUUGGAUAGCGAGAAGACCAGAAAAAACCAAGGAAACGCUCUGUCAGCGUUGCAUUGAUUUGUGCAUCUGGGCGACAACGUACACCGCAUCCUGCGAUCAACCACCUCCGUCAAACCUAAUUCAUUCCGCGACUCAUCUCUUUCAGAGUAUCACCGCCAUUUUAAAACCGAUCCUAUGGGACCAACCGACAUUUAGGAAUUUAAUUUCUAUGGGCACAUACCCGUAUUUGAAGCCAGAUACGAUAAAGGUUCUACGUAGAGCAUUAGUAAACGGGAUCAUACUACCGCCCGGUGAUGUGGCAACGAGGCAAAGGUUGCUAGGUACUAUGAUAUUGACCCUAUCCGCACCUUUGGGUAUGCAGGGACAACCAAUGCCUUCGGAAUCGACAAUUUCGAUAACGAUUUUGCCGCUGAUCCAACUGCUCGAGGACUGCGCCUCGUCGUCGACGACCAUCAAGAAGAUGUUGCACUCGUGUCUGGAAUCUAUCAUAAAUAGAACGUUGGAGUUACUACCUUACGUAAUAAGAUGUCCCAGUAUAUGUGAAGUGUUACUUAGCUUCCUGCAUUCAGCAUUCUCAGUAUUACAACAACAGCUAGGUCCCGAGUUCACACAGAAUGCGGUUCAAGGCAUGUUACAGAUUUACACCAGAGAAAAUAUUUCUGCCGGGCCUGCGUUGGAUCAGUUGCUGGAGAUUCUGAUACUCGUAGUAUCGGCACCUAGCAACGCAUUUAAGGCAUUUGUACCCUCGGUGACAAGUCUGUGUCUAGGUCAAGUAUGGCCAGCUGUCGGCAGCAACUUGUGCGCUCAUCCGGACACAACGUUGGUCUUAUUGAAACUUUUCCACAGUAUCCUUAUGCACCGUUGGCAAUAUUUCUAUAAUACUUCGGUAUUGCGAACUCUCGGCCAUCCGGACGAGGAUGAAUUUGUCGAGCACAAGGAGGAGUUGGUAGCGAUUCUGGAGGCAUUCGGCCAGGCUCUACUUCAGUCAGAUGUUAAUAUAUUUCGACAGAGUUUGCAGAGUCUCGAGCAGUUGAAUAUACGAUGGCGACUCUAUCAACGAGCAAUCUUCAAAGUUCACCUUCUCGAGAGAUUUCUCAUGGCAUUGUUCACAGUUUUGUUUCAACAGUCUCACAAUUUGUUGGCAGAUGAAAUUGCCGCGGCUAUCCAUAGCUUGGCGUCCGUUAACAUAGGGUGGUUCUUCGGUCAUUUCUUGCCAACAUUCUUGGCAACUUGUGAGGGUGUAGAUAAUAUGCAGAGAGUCACCUUACUGGGGAACUUCGAUAAGUCUACGGACCAGCCAACAUUGACUAGAUCGGUCCUCCAACUUAUUUCGGACUUGAGGUGUUAUCAGCUCUGUAGGCCGGGUUGAACAUAAUUGCGUCUUCAUGGAAGACUGCAGAAUUAUAAUGAAGUAAAUAUUCCGUGACUUCUAUAAUGGCAUUUAAAUGAAGUGCAUUUCCAUCGAAUCUCUUUUACGAGUGCCUCCAUGUAUACAAAUACGAGACAUUAUUAAUGAUGGGGCGAAAAAAAGACAAACAUUUUGUAAACAUUUACCAUUCUGUGUAUACCACUGCCGCACCUUAUUGUGAUGUCGCUAUUGUUAUAAAUAAACCGUGCGUUUUUACAUGUACUGAGCCAAGUUUUUAGAGCUUCUGUUCCGAAUUGGAAAAUCAUAUCGGCGGUUCUGCAUGCUCAUUAAAAUCGUCCAGAGGAUUCUCGCGGAGCGUGUGCUGGACGCCGGUAACAUCGAGUCACCGCUCGGGCAAAUCACCCAUGUUUACAAGCGAAUUAUUUGCUCGAUCUUUGUCUUGCCAAUUGGUAUUGUCUCGGCGCGUUACACUCUCAUUGUGUCGGUGACAAUAACACUCUUUCCAUCAGAAGAAACUUGCGACAGUCUAAUGUCUCGUGACUAACGGCAAAACAAUGUAUUUACCGCCAAGAUCUUUGUGUCAGCCAAACAACGAUUUGUACAAAUCUGCCAAUCGGCUUGAGCCGCAUCAGAGAUAUAAAAUUAUAAAUAUCACGAUUGAUAUCGUGACGAUAGAGUUCAGUAGAAUCCGGCUUUCGAACUCAAUUCUCUCAAGUUCCGCUCGGCUACCGUCGAAUCUCAACAACGCGUCGCUCCGGCGCGUGAUUACUUUCGCCGUCUCGUUAUUGAGGCGCAGCUUCAUUGUCCGCGAUCUGCAAGCCGCUGUACCGGAUCAAAGCAAAUAAAACGCAUCGGAAUCGGA